CAGCCUGACAGCAGCAGCAGGACUGCGGUCAUAAACAAACACACGCAGCGGAGCCGUUACCGUCUGCGGAUCCGCGGAGCAGCACCGGCUGACUUUCAGGGAGGCUGACCUUCUUCUCCCGGACCCGAGCUUGGAUGUCCACACCGGGCUGAGGCUCCAGGACUUUACCGGAACCGCUCCCAGGGUAUUUUCUGCCCCCUUCUCCACCGGACUCGGCUUAACGUCCCGGCGGCGGAACGAGACGCGACAUGACGGAGCUGAGGAAGCGAGGCGGCGGCGGCGGCGGCGGAGACCCGGACAGCACCGACAACAUCAGCGACAAGGAGGCCGAUGGCGACGACAGGCUCGGUCUAUCGGGCGACGCAGACCGAGAUUGUGACGGCGACCCCAAAGCAGACACUCCAGAUGUUCCCCUGUCCACAGCAGACACUGACAACACUCCACAAUGCCUGAACAAAGCUCUGGAGGGGCUGCCGCCAAGAUGGAAGAACUACUGGAUACGAGGAGUUUUGUCUUUAGCCAUGAUUUCUGGCUUCUUCCUCAUCAUCUAUAUGGGACCUGUCACUCUAAUAUUAGUGGUCAUGACUGUGCAGAUCAAGUGCUUCCAGGAAAUCAUCACCAUCGGCUACAGAGUUUACCAUUCCUAUGACCUGCCGUGGUUCAGGACACUAAGUUGGUACUUCCUGAUUUGUGUCAACUACUUCUUCUACGGUGAAACUGUGGCAGAUUACUUCGGAGCUCUGGUGCAGAGGGAGGAACCCCUGCAGUUCCUGGCUCGCUAUCACCGCUUCAUCUCCUUCGCCUUGUACCUGGCAGGUUUCUGCAUGUUUGUGCUGAGUUUAGUGAAGAAACAUUACCGCCUGCAGUUUUAUAUGUUUGCUUGGACCCAUGUGACCCUGUUGAUUGUGGUAACUCAGUCCCACCUUGUCAUUCAGAACCUGUUUGAAGGGAUGAUCUGGUUCAUUGUUCCCAUCUCCAUUGUGAUCUGCAACGACAUCAUGGCCUAUCUGUUUGGAUUCUUCUUUGGGAGGACUCCGCUCAUCAAGCUUUCACCCAAGAAGACCUGGGAGGGUUUCAUCGGCGGUUUCUUCUCCACUGUGGUCUUUGGCUUCAUUCUGGCCUACCUCCUGUCUCAGUUCCAGUACUUUGUGUGUCCAGUGGGGUUCAACAGCGAGACGAACGGGUUCACGGUCGAAUGUGAGCCGUCUGAUAUCUUCGUGAUGCAGGAAUACACUCUUCCUGCUGUGGUGCAAAACACACUGAGAUGGAAAACGGUGAACCUGUACCCGUUCCAGAUCCACAGCAUCUUCCUCUCGUCCUUCGCGUCUCUCAUCGGGCCGUUUGGAGGCUUCUUCGCCAGCGGCUUCAAGCGAGCUUUUAAAAUCAAAGACUUUGCCAGCACCAUCCCGGGUCACGGCGGCAUCAUGGACCGAUUCGACUGUCAGUACCUGAUGGCCACGUUCACACACGUCUACAUAGCCAGCUUCAUCAGAGGACCAAACCCCAGCAAAGUUCUGCAGCAGCUUCUGAUGCUUCAGCCUGAACAGCAGCUCAGCAUCUUCCACACUCUGCACUCCCACCUGAGAGACCGAGGGAUGCUGCCUCCCGCCGACACCCAGGCCAAGUGAGGCGCCGCCGGCUUCACGGGAUGACGGCGGCGACGACCGGAGAGUGUCGGAGGUGGUUUUGAAAGUUUGUGUAAGCAUGUACACACACACAUAGACACACACUGACGCACACACGCAGCUUGGCUGUACGCUGCGCGAUCCCAGGCCUCCGUCGGAGCAUCCAUCCUCAUCCUGUUGGCGCUUUAUUCAACUUCCAACCAGCUUCAAAAUCACCACUUUGGACCUGAGGGGGAAAAAAAAGAAGAAAAAAAAAAACCACAAAAUGAAAACGUGAAGCUGCUAUAAUCCCCAUCCUAAAAAACUGAAGAUCAGUGAACAGAAGUGACUCUAAAGCACACGGUUUCCUCAGCAGGCGGAUGGUGGAUGUGCAGCUUCACUGUGGACGGCAAAUAUUGCACUGAUUUUAGCUGAAAAGAGAAAAAAAAACAACAUUUAAGAAGCUUCUACCAGCAUAAACUGGGCCCAGAGUGUUUGGGCACAUGGACCUGAGCUACAGCAAACAGACUGUGGAGAGUCGUCUCCCAGGUUUGGUGACGUAAUGAUGCAGCGGGUUUGUUCCACUCUGUUUUCUAGACUUAACCUGACAGCAUGUAGCAUGAGCGUGAGUCCUGUGUACAGCUAACCGAAGCCAUGUUUAUCCACCACGUCAACUUUUAGCUUCUAGGGGUUCAAAAUCAAAGUAACUCGCACAAUAUUUAGUCGAAGUCGACUGACUGCAGGCAUGUUAACGCAGAGAGUAGAGCGUCGUCUGCGCACUCGACACUUGAAUUAAUGUAUUGUACAUAAAUAUAUAUUGAGAGUAUUUAGCUGAACAAAUAACUAAUAUAUAACUACUUACGUGACCUGCUGCGGAAAACAAAACAAACAAAAAAAACCACUUUUAAGCUAUGAGAAAUGAUAUGCAAAAAAAACUAAAAGAUCAUUUGUAGCCUUUAGCAUGAGCAGAUUAGAUUUUUAACGGGUAGCGAUGUACAUUUGAUCUGAGGUUGCUGCUUAUUUUAGAGGGUGUUCUGGGUGAGGUUUUAUUAGAGAUUGUAAAAAAAAAAGGAGAGAACUUAAAGGAACAAGUGUUGGAAAUGUGCUCGUUGGUUUUCUUUCUGGGAGGUAGAUGAGAUAAAUACCACUCUCAUGUUUGUAUGUGAAGCACAGAGAUGAAGUUAGCUUAGCAUAAAGACAAAAAGCAGAGGAAAGUAGCUGGAAUAAGUCCUAGAAAAGUUUUAAAAUCUACCUGUAAAGCUCAUAUAGGGACAUGGAUGCUGCACUGGAAUGUAAAUAACCGCAAUUUACAUUUUCUAACUUGGUGUCUUCCAUCUUCUCUGAUCUUUAUGUGCUUGAGAUCAAAGUUCCACCGUGAUAUCUCUGGAAAAUCAGAAUCAGAAUUCCUUCAUUUUUAUUUAAAGUAAAACUCUGAGGAGUCUAAGUUGGAGAUUAUAUUGUAAACUUUUAUUAAAUUGGUGGAAAAUCAGUGGAGUCAACUUCUGUGGUUUGAAAAAGAUGCAGAAUUUGAAGUAUUACAUUAAGAAAAGUUAAUAGAAACACUUAAAAAUUGAAAACAAUGCCCUCAAUUUAGCAAAAAUGUUUUCACAAAUGCUUACGGUAGUUUGUGACUUUUUCAAAUAAAGAGUUAAUGAGCUUCAUGGGAGAUGGAAAUAGCUUUUUAUAAAUAAGAUCUGAUGUAGCCAACAUUUGCCUCAACUCUUUGCCCUUUUUUUCGUUCUGUACAUCUCUAGGAGACAUGGAAACACUUGAGAAGCUGAAAUCACUAAAUAAUUUGAGUUACCAAAAUUUAUCCCUCUUAAUUGGGAAAUUUCCUAUCUUUCUGUGUAAAUGUAACCACCUAAAUGCAUCAAUUAGUCAAUUAUCGUAACUAAAACACAAAACUGCUUCAAAUUCACUUGAUGAUUAUAUGGAAAGGUGGCUUGUGUGGAUAAUUGGUACAUAAACGCACUAAAGUCUGUUAUCAAACUGUUUUGCUGAGGAAAAUGUUUAGACGAGCUGCUAGCUAACAAAAACUUUCUCCUUAAACUUCUGAAAGCAAAAGUCUAUCCAUGAUAAAAUAACAUGAUCACACCCAAAGUCAGUGUUUCAGAGUAUUUAAGGGUUGAUUCAGGUGACAUGAAUUAAAUUAUGUCUGCAAAUCUUUGAGAGUCCAUGUAAUUUUUUUCCUCAAAUUUGCAGCAAUUCAAAAUUCACUUGGCAAACAUCUGUAAACACGGUUUGUGAGAGCACAGAUGGUCUUUUGGAAAUAAUUAUCUUUCUGUGCACAUAAAUAGUUGGUUAAACCACGUCUUAAACUGCAAACUAUACGUCUCUGUUUUCGUUUACAGAUUAAACAAACUUUAUACAUGUUAAUCUAUGAGCUUUACAGGUAGAACUUCAGGCUAAAUGUGCUUAAAUGAGAGUGGUUUUUAUUUUACUCUUGUGAGAAAGAAGGAAAAAAUUUAACUUAAAUUUUACUCGAUUUAACUGAUGAUUUUAGUUGCACUGUUAUCGGCUUCUUCCUGAGGACUCUUUAAAUGUUCUUACACAUUAAAUCACUGUUAAAUGAUUAAGUUCUGAAUGUAGUUUGUUAUCGGUGAUAACGGCAGAUUAGAAUACAGUCUUUUACUGUAUUUACACAAGUUUAAGGGGAGAAAAACUCUUCUAACGGGAGGUUUUAUGAGCAACAUCGCAUCUUACAGCGGAGAAUUUUAAAUCUGCCGGCAUUUCUGACGAAUCGGACGAUUGUUACGAGGCUGCGACGAAAUUCUCCGAUCUGUUCAGCGAGGAAUGUUUACCAAAGCUCUGUCUGAUCAACACUGAUUUCCUGCUGAGAAACUUCCACACUUCCUCUGUUUGUUUGAAAAAGAAAAAAAACAGAACAGAGUGAAAGUUUGGACCCAGGCUGCAGACUGAACAUCUGCAGGUCCGUUUCACAUCAUCCAGCUGUUGGUGGGAGGAUAAUUUAAUUUAUUUUUGUCCAGUUUCUUCUAUUUAAACGUAUAUUUUAGCUUGUUUUUGCUGGGGGGGGAUUUUCGGGACCAGCUGUGUUGUACUGUAAGAAUCCAACUAAACCCCGAUCACUAAUAAAAACACACUUUAAUGCUUUACAGGCGUCUCUGUAGGCAGCUGUCCAGCAUUAAUACUGAAGAAUAGGAAUCAAAACGAGUUGAUAUUAAAGCAAUCUGACCAAAAACACGAAUCAAAAAUCAAAACCAAAUUAUUUAAACUGGUUAAAACGGUUUUAUCUGGAGUUUGGAGUGUACCAGGAAUAAUUAAACACACACAAAAAAAAACAGUUUAUACUCUAAAGAUGUAGUUUCAAACAUGGAGAAAAGGAUUAUUUACUUUUUUGUGUGUGUUAAAUCAAUACUAGAGGUCUAUAGUGUCUAAAAAAGACUUAAAUUAGACUUUUAGUGCUCAGUUUCCAUUUUAAAAUCCUUUAAAUUAUUUUAUUAUUGUUUGCUGUAAAAUGUCAAAGUGUGAAUCCAGGCAAUUCAAAUCCAGUUUUUGAUGAUAUAAAGCAAAGAAAAACAGCAAAUCUUCACACUUGAGAAGCUGAAAUCAGCGAAUAAUUUGGUUUAUUAAUGAGUUUUAACUCUUAAUUAGCAGCUUUCAUACGAUUUUAUGUAAAUUUAAUCACUUAAAUGCAUCAAUUAAUCAAUUAGCAGAAUUAAAACACGGAUUAUUCCUUGGGUACUAGAUGUUUAAAGUGUAGUUAUGAAAAUAAAUUGAAUUUUAUUCUUGAUUUUUACCUUAAAUUUUAAUUAUUUUUGAUUUGUCUGUUUAUUUUUGGCUGUAAAAUGUCAGAAAGUGUGAAUUCAAGCAAUUCAAAUUCAGUUCAUAUUGAUAUAAAGCAAAGAAAAACAGCAAAUCCUCACACUUGAGAAGCUAAAAUCACUAAAUAAUUCGAGUUACCACUAUUUAACACUCUUAAUUGGAAACUUUCACAUCUAUUUAAAAUGAAUCACUUAAAUGCUCCAAUUAAUCAAUUAUCAUAAUUAAGACACAUUUUUAAGACACAUUUUUCCAUUGGUACUAGAUGUCUAAAGUGUCUAUUUUUUUUUUUUAAAAGACUUUUAUUCUGGCUUUUCUAAUUUAAAAAUCCCUUAAAUUUUUAGUAUUUUUGAUUUGUCUGUUUAUUUUUGGCUAUAAAAUGUCAGAAAAUGUGAGUCCAAGCAAUUAAAAUCCAGUUUAUGUCAAUAUAAAGCAGAGAAAAACAGCAAAUCUUCACACUUCUGAAGCUGGAGUCAGUAAAUCAUUAUUGUUUUUAGCAAAGUUUAAUUCUUCUUUCUCAGCUUUCAAGUAUUUCUGGGUAAAUUUAAUCACUUAAAUGCAUCAAAUAAUCAGUUAUUAUAAUUAAGACACAUUAUUCCAUGGGUUCUCGAUUUCAAAAGUGUCUUCUGGGGUAUUUUUUUGUUUUAAUUUCAGAAAAUUCUGAGUCCAAACCUAAAAUAAUUCAGUUUAUAUUGAUAGAAAGCAAGAAAAACAGCAAAUCUUCACACUUGAGAAGCUAAAAUCAGUAAAUAAUUGGAGUUAUCUCUAUUUAACACUCUUAAUUAGCAACUUUCACACCUUUCUGGGUAAAUCUAAUCACUUAAAUGCACCAAUUAGUCAAUUAUUAUGAUUAAAACACAUUAUUAUAUUGGUACUAGAUGUCUAAAGUGUCUUUAUUUUUUUUUUUUUUUAAAGUAUUCCUGAUUUUCCCUUAAACUGAAAUUAUUUUUUACUUCUCUGUUUAUUUUUGGCUGUUAAAUGUCAGAAAAUGUCAGUCCAAGCAAUUAAAAUCCAGUUUAUAUCGAUAUAAAGAAAAACAGCAAAUCUUCACACGAGAAUCUGAAAUCACUAAAUAAUUCGAGUUAUCACUAUUUAACACUCUUAAUUGGGAACUUUCACAUCUUUCUAUUUAAACUGAAUCAUUUAAAUGCACCAAUUAGUCAAUUAUCAUGAUUAAAACACACAUUAUUCUAUCGGUACACUCAAGAUUCCAGUUGUAGUUCAAAUGAGAUCUAAGUUAUUACGUGUGCAAUCUUAUAUUUUUACCCAAGUUCUAAAGAUGAGACAGAAAUGUGAAUAUAACAAAGAGAACAGGUAGUUUUUAGCAGCCCAGGUGUCUUUUUAAUUUAUCAUCUUGUGUAUAUUUAGUUUGAUUUGCUUUGAGCAGAACUGUUUUCUAAUGAGAACCUUUUAGCUUUUCUUGGAGUGGGUAAGAUUCAAGAUUCUCCUGAAGCUGUUAAUAUUAGGGGCAAAAACCAAGUCAUGUAUAAAACAUACAGAUAUGUGGGUGGGGAUAUGGUGGAGAUGUUUAUUCUACAGAGGUGAAUAAAGUUUGUUUUUUUCUUUAAA